AUGGACAGCCUGGACGGCUACACGGUACAGGUGGAGCGAGGCUUCGAGUUCAAGUCGAACAAACAGAUCGGCGCCCACCCAAGGUCCGUCGUUCCGCUGGACCCCCGCAAAGCCUCCAACUACGUGCAGUCGGAGCACUUGGGCUUCAUGCUGGCCCACAAGCUGUUCAAGCAAAUCCUGGCGGACGAUGGUCCUCAGCGCACACUGCCGGGCACACAGGGCCAGACUCCGGAGCAGCUCUUCUUCCUGGCGUACGCCCAGAGCCGCUGUCGGCACACCAACCGAUACCUGAGAGUGCUACUCAACAGCGCCUUCAAGGAGUUUCCGCACCCGGAGAUGAUCAACAAUUUUGUUUACAAUUAUCCUGAUUUUAUGAAAGCGUACCAGUGUUCCUCAAUCCCACCCAAGCACCAGGGCAAGCACUGCACCCUCGGUUGA